AUGAGAGCAUUUCUUGUAAAAAUGUUGGUUCUAUUACCAAAUACAAUACUACAAAUAAUAUUUUAUUAUGUUGGACAAGAUCUUGGCGAAAGUAGUAGUAGUAGGGUAUCGGUGAAAGAUGCUAAAAAGAAAGAAUAUAUCCUAUUCUACCGUAGACGCGAAAAGCUGGUCAAAGAGGUGAUCUACACAACUCCAGCACUCAAUCAACUGUGGUUUACCGUCUCUGCCAAGCACCAGUAUCACAUCAUUGACACUUGGUGGAUGCCCGUUCACAGUGUUCCCAUCACUUGA